AUGUUAUCAUCAAGCGUUGAAAUUUCUUCAUGUGCGCCUACAAAAAAGUCACACAAAUUGUAUGAUGUGGUGAUUAUUGGUGCCGGAAUGAGUGGAGUCAAUGUUGGAAAAUUACUCAAAGAAAAAGGCUUAACGGAGAAUGUCUUGAUCUUGGAGGCAAAUGAUUAUAUUGGUGGACGUUUGCGUUCAAAGGUGCUUUUGAAUGGAAAGGCUACCAUUGAUAUCGGAGGCCAAUGGAUUGGACCACCACAACCAAAAGUGCUCAAACUUGUUAAAGAAUUGGGAUUAUCAACUUAUCCUCAAUAUUUUGAGCAAGAAAAAAGAAGAUCCUCUCUUGUUUUCCCAAGCAUUGGCGGAAAGAAGCAUAUUUUGAGGUAUACUGGUUCCAUUCCAUCGGAUCCAAAGAAUGUCACUGAUGAGGUAUUGUUGGAUUUUGACACUUGUAUUAGAAAAAUUGAGAGAAUGGCAAAUACAGUACCAGUGGAUGCUCCACAUGAAUGCGACAAGGCAGAAGAGUACGAUUCCCAAACAGUUCAAACAUUUAUGGAUAAUUUAUUCAAGACGGAAAUUGCAAAAGAUUUCUUCAAGACCUUUGUCGUAACAGUUUUUGCAUGUCAACCUUAUGAAAUGUCUGCACUUUUCAUGCUUUGGUACAUUGCUGUUGCUGGAGGUAAAUUUGAAAAUCUCAUGAACGUUAGAGAUGCUGCCCAGGAUUGUAAGAUUUAUCGUGGAUCUCAAGGAAUUGUCACUGGUGUUGCUGAAAAAUUCAAGCUUAAUGUGCUUCUCAAUCACCAUGUUGUUAAGAUUAAGGAUGAAGGAUCACUCAUGACUGUCACUUGUAAGAAUGGUGCAGUCUUCCAGAGCAAAUAUGUAGUUACUACCAACUUGCCAUGGACUCAUCUCGGUAUUGAAUAUGAUCCUCCUCUUCCAAGCGCAAGACACAACUUUUGUCAAAGAACUCCAAUGGGAUAUGCCAUUAAAUGUUUCAUGCUGUUCAAAGAACCAUUUUGGAGAAAGAAGUAUGACAGUAAUGGAUUCAUUCUAUCCCUUCAACCUGAAGAUUAUAUUACCCUUACUUAUGAUGUUGGAUACAAGGAUGACAUUAUUUGCGGAAUUUGUGGAUUCGUAUAUGCCGAGAAGGCAUGUGAAUUUAGUACCUUACCAAGAGAGAAGAAGAUUGAUUUACUCCUCAAGCAAUACAGUGAAACUUUGGGAGGCACUUAUGAAGAAUGGAAGAGCCAAUUUGUUGAUUAUAUUGAUAAGGAUUGGGGAAUGGAGCCAUAUGCUAGAGGUAGUUACGGAGCUGUCACUGCACCAGGAACCCUUGUAAAAACCAAGCUCGCCUUCAGAGAACCUUUGUAUAAUCGUAAACUAUUUAUUGCAGGAACUGAGAGUGCAUCAAGAUGGAUUGGUUACAUGGAAGGUGCCAUUGAUGCUGCUGAAAGAGUGGUCAGUGAGUUGACACCACUUUUUGAAGGUCAAGGAAGAACAUCCAAACUCUGA